AGCUUAAUGCGGACUCUGUCAAAAACGUGCAUCAUCAUAAAACUUUGAGCUUGUGAGCCAAUAAAGGCCCAAAGGCCCAAAGGCUUUCCGUCUGAAAUUCCGCGAACGGGCCAUUCACUCCUGUCCUUAGACCUUCUCUGGGUACCUUGAAAGUCAUGUUGGUACCAUUAUUUAUCCUCAUAAUCGCGACCCUUCUGGAGACCGGAGUUUGCGCCUUUUCCCUAGACGCCUGUGCCCAAUCUACGGAAAACCGCUGCAUCAGCCUCUCUCCGGCGAACAGCACCAUUGUCCAAUCCAGCUAUCUUCUCCUGCACCUCACCGGCCUGUCCUCGACGUCAUUCUCCGAACCACUGAACUGGGAUGGCAAAUUUAGCGUCUCCAUCACCACCUGGGAUCCCACCGUGCCCCAUAAAGGAAACUUUACCAUAAAACGUUCCGUGAACGGACGCCAACCAAUCGAAGCCUACAACCAAACCCAUCGUGUCUCGCCCACUGAUGCAUUUCCAAUAUAUGCGUUUAAAACUAGCGGUGACGGUUGGUUUCCUGAACAAAUUGGAACACCCGUUAGCUUCACCUGGAAGUUUGAAGCCAAGUUUGGGGCUUGGGAACGCAACGAGGCUCUUACGCUUUUGCCGAAAAACGACACUGCGGGAGUCAUUGCGAAACCCGAUGUCCCGGCAUACUCGACCAGCGGCGUUGGGAGGGAGGUAGCGGUUGGAUCAAUGGCGUUGAUUGUUGUGAUGAUCAGUUGUUUUAGUGUGCUGGUUCUGUAGCUCUGAAUCUAGUUUCGCUUAUACGUAUCUCAUAGUCUCGUAGUUUGAACUUUUAUGAUAGUUCGGUCUCAACGACGUUGGUCAAGAUCGUCAAUAUCAACGAGAAAUGUACGGCUGAGAAUGAAAAGCAGGUCCAUCAUCACAAGGCCGGGAAAAUGAUGAAUAUCCCUAUCUUUGAGGAAAACGAGCAAUACGCACUGCGUGCUGACGCAGAAUUUUCAGUGAAAGUGAAAGCGAACGAAGUGGAGGAUUAUGCUUGCUGAAAGCCCAGGCAAACCUCUAAAACGCUCGAAGCAUGCAAACUUGGAAUUUUUCAAAUAAAUAAAUUACCGUAGAACAACAACUCUUGAAAAAAUCAACAAUAUAUUUUUGAAAACAUGUAUAUACACAGCUUCA